UGUCUUGUGUUCUGAUCUCAGGGUAUCAUGCUGGUUUAUGAUAUUACCAAUGAGAAAUCAUUUGACAACAUCAAAAACUGGAUUCGAAACAUAGAGGAGCAUGCAUCAGCGGACGUAGAAAAAAUGAUUUUGGGCAACAAAUGUGACAUUAAUGAGAAGAGGCAGGUGUCAAAAGACAGAGGCGAGAAUCUGGCGUUAGAGUACAGCAUCAAGUUCAUGGAGACGAGUGCGAAGGCAAAUAUCAACGUUGAGAACGCGUUCUUAACACUCGCCAGAGACAUAAAAGCAAAGAUGGACACGAAAAUUGGAGGGGAACAAUCCUCAGGGCAGCAACCAUGGAGUGAAAAUAACCACUGAACAG